AUGCCUUCAAGAUGGCAGCGCCUUCACUUGUCUCAACGGGGGUUGCCUCCUUUGCUCUUCCAAUAUACCUGGACCCGACAAGGCUAUGAGAUCCACAUAACAGACCUCACCUAUAUCUGGUCAGAGCGGCUGCCCCAUAAAGCUAUCACCAAGAGAGCAGAGGAAGAUGCUACAACGAUCGAUCCUGGAGAAAACAUAGAACAGCUCAAUGUGCUCCUGGAGAAAAUUGGAGAAGGUUUACGAAAGGGCAAUGAAAGCGCAAUCCUAAGCAGUGGAACACAAACCGACUCGCUUGAAAUCACGACAACAACCAAGCUUCCCUCCCCGUUGAAGCCUCUUAAGUGGUCUUUGAGGUUAUCAAAGGAGCCCCUGUCGUCCUUGACCACUAAUCUAUUACUUCCGCUUCUGAGAGAGGAAGCGGAGUGGGAGUCCCGCCAACAUUUGCUCUUGAAUCAAAUCAAGCAGAAGGACUACGUACUUAGCAAGUUGUUUGACAAAAUGGAAACACUUGGCGUUGACCUAGGGUCUGUGUUUCCUAGUGCCGCAGGAUCGCGCGCGUCUCGCAAGGCUAUUACGCGGUCCGAGGCUGCUAAAUUUGUUAAGGGUAUUGCGCCGUUUGAGGAACAGACCUGGCUUGUUGAGACAGGAGUUUCACAUGGGGCGGGAUUAGCCACCAAUUUACUGCAGGAAAUAUCGGAAUCCGGCCUUUCUCAUAAUUUGGAUACCUUCACCCUGUCACAAGCUGAAUGGUGGCAUCAACUUGAGGGGCGCUCUGAAACUAGCCCCAGAGAAUCCCCUCCCAUUGAGGAGGAAAUUCCCAAGGACAAAGAUAGAGAAGAGCCAGUUGAAACCAAGCACAUCGACAAAGGAGGGGACUCAACGGCAAGCAGUGAUGUCGAUGAGUUUCAGCGACAAGAAACCCCUCCCAGAUUAAAAUCUCAACACGAGAAAGGCAAAACAUCACCACCCAAGCAAAAGCCCAGAAAGGAAAGUCCUAUUCCACCAGUAUUGCCUUCAGAGGAAGACGAAGCCACAGCAUCAGGCUCCGACUCCGAGCCUGAACCAGCACCGCAUCAAAAACGCAUUCCCAGCGUCUUAAGGUCACCAGAGGCCGCACCGCAGCCGAAAGCUCCAGAGGCGCAAGUACCAAAGGGUGGAUUGGGUAAAAUUGGCGGCAAGAAUAAGAAAGAAGCAGAGCGCCGGCCCUCGCCAUCUCCCUCUCCAGCCCCUUCUCCGGCGCUAGUUCGAGAGGCACCGAAAAGGCUAAAGGGCGGAUUGGGCAUGAUAGGCGGCAAGAAAAAGCAAGCAAAAGAACCCUCGCCUUCGCAAGCCCCUUCCCCUCCAGAAAAAACCCACGAGUCUCCAGAACCUCAAGAACCUUCAAAGUCACUAGAAGAGAAAGAAAGGAUUGACAAAGAUCAUCAUCAUCCCACAUCAUCGACACAGCAACCAGCAGCUAAGGCUAAACGUACCGGGAAACUUGGCACGAUAGGCGGCAAAGCCAAAGCCAAAGUCUCCGAACCAGCUCGAGACAAGUCUCCGCUGCCUACAUCUGACACGGUGGUCAGGUCAUUCGAGAAAACUACAAUUGCUAAACCGAAGGCUGACAGACAAGCUCCUAAAAAAGAGGAAUCUCCAUUGCCCACACCAGCAACGGAGAAGGUUUCUUCCGCUCCACCUGAAGAGCCAGAGACCGAAGACCAGCGGGCUGACCGGAAGCGCGAGGAACUGAAGAGGUCGCUCGAGGCUAAGGGCAAAGCUCCUGCAAAGAAGAAGCGGAGGUUCUAG